AUGGCUCAACAACGCUUGCGAAUGUCGGACAUUUUCCCCGACCCGAACGAAGAUGAAUCCCCUCUAGCCCUGGAUGAAGCGGCCCGGGCUCUUUACCGUCGAGCUAUUGACAAUCCAUCGUCGUUAACCGAUGAAGAACGAAGAACGGUGACCCCCCAGACCAGAGGAAGACGAGCUCUGUCGACAAAUCCUACGACCCGGGAGCGAGAUUGGAUUUGGCCGCCUCCCGCGCGAUUUAUGUAA